AUGGCUCGGGAUCGCGACUUCCCGCUGCCCCGGGAGCUGCUCCCGGACCUGGACGUGAGCCAGCGCGACUACGUGGCCUGCAAGGACUUCAGCGCGCGCUUGCUGGGGCACACGGUGCGCGCGUUCGAGCACUUCGCGUACGACCGACUGGGCGAGGUCGACACCAAGUUCUGGAAGCCGCAGGCUACGCGGGACGAGCUAAGCAUCUACCGAGAACGGCAGCCGGGCCGAGUGAGCGAGUCGCUGGGGGACUCGCUCCACCGCUGCGCGGCAAAGUCUCCGCUGUUCUCGGUGACGCCGGCAGCGAUCACGCCCGCCACGAUGAUGCUCACUGGAGUGCGCCACGGCUUCGUGGAGAACGCAGUGAGCACGCUGGUGACCAAGUCCCAGGAGGAGCUGGCAUUGGUCAUCAGGUACCUGCACGGGGCCUCGUCGGACUGCGGCAUCCUGCACACCAUGGAGUCACCUACAGACGCCGACCCCUUUCACUUCCUCGGCUUCAAGUACUACGUGAGUCAAGCGGUGGGGGACCCGCGGCUGUUAAAGCGGCGGCACUGCGUCUACCUCGAGGACAGCGGCUUCACGCGCACCCGCACAGGCGAGAAGCUCGGGUACCACAUCAUGCACUCGGUGCACUUGCCGCAGUUCCCCGACCUGCGCAGCCGCAACUCCAUCCCAGCGUUGAUGUCGACGCGGUUCCUGUACCGACAGAGGGAAGAGGGCAUCGUGGAGGUGUUUAUGCUGGGCAACAUCGACAUCAAGGGCCUCGUGGUCAAGCCCAUCUCGCUGCGCUACGCCGUGGAGACCAUGUUCAACAUGACGAGGCUGCUGGACUGCUCGGAGACCAAGCGGCUGACCCUAAUGGCCCGCGAGCACCUGUGCCGCAAGAAGCAGGAGCGCCGCUGGGGUGACAGCCCCGUGGAUUCCGACGGCUCGCCAGUGAACGACCCCAACGCCUGCAGUAUGUGCGAGCGCGUUGGGAACGCCAACGUUGUCGAGUGCUUGGUCUGUGGCCGAGCUGCUUGCUCGAGGUGCCGCGCUUCAAAGCAGGUCUUCGUGAGCAGCAGCGACGGACUGUUGGGCCGCCUGAUCAUGGUGCCCGUGUGCACUGGCUGCAUCCUGGACGCCAACACGAGCUUCUUCGAUAUGCUGCGCUCUCAACGACGCGGACGCUCCAGAAGCUCUGGCUUUAGACGAAACACACUCGACUACCGACCGUCCUCCAGAUCCAAGCGCCGAGGCGGCAGCUGCCGAACAAUGGACGUGGCAAUGCGCAGUCCGUCUGUCGAUCGCAGACAGCGGUACACUUCGUAUUGCAAGGAGGACAAAAGCCCGCUGACCCCCGAGACGCUGCUGUCGAGUCCCGAGCCGUGCACCUAUUCAUCGAGACAGCUGUGGGCCGACACUCCUCGUCGAGCUGGGCCGAUCCGAUUGACUCCGAGAGAGGCCUCGAUCACCAUCGAAGAGCGAAGAGCGAAACCCAUUCGUCGGUCACGCUCGAAGCCGCCUCCAGUUCCGAAAAACUACUUCAAAGUACUAACGUCAGCAGUAUAG